AUGUCGGCCCGACGACUGACCGACCAACCGACGGACCGACGCUUGACUACAGGCACAACCGAAGAGGUCGACACAGAGGAGUCCCUGUGCAACGGAUGGGAAAAUGGUCUUCAGAUAUGGAGGAUAGAUGCGACACAGCAGCAGCGAGACCACGAGGGCGUGGCUGGGUUCGAGUUCGACAAGUUUGGUCCUCAGCGAAAAAGUCUUAAUAAACUGGAGGAACAGGCACUGGUUCCAACGUCAACGUCCCAAGUCAACGUAUACCAGGGCUCGUUACGGGAUACUUCGGUUCCAAGACUGAACGACGAAGGGCAGGCAAAAAACUUAGACGAUAGAAAGGAGGCCGUGUUUUUGUCCGAUCGAUUGCCCUCCAAGUGGCCAUUAUCCAUUAAACGGCGAAUUGAAAGUCAAGUGCCGCCAAAGUCGUUGGCGCACUGGCGCAAAAGCAAAGCGUCUCUCCUCAGCGGUCCUCAGAGUGAUGGCUGGAAAGACGAACCGACGGACGGACGGACAGACGGCCGGCCGGGCGACGGUGGCAGCUGCAACUGCGGCGAAAGCUGCUAG